UACGAUCUUAGCCCCGCCCCCGUGGUGUCGUGGGUCCUCGCUACUGGUCCUCUCCUAGAAAGCCGCGAAGUGACCAGUUCCUCAUUGGCCACACGUUCUCCCGCGCCACCACCGCAGCCACAACAACCGCCACGUGCUCAACCUUGGCGCCUGCCCAUUGGCCACCAGCCUCUACCCGCCCACUCUCCCUUUCCGCCCCUAAUUGCCCUCUUCCUCCUUCCAUUGGCUGCCGGGCUCAGGGGCUCUCUUUUCAGCCGGGGCGAGCAGCGCCUCGGAUGCGGAUUGGUAGAAGGCGGGGCUGGGAGGCGGGUUAAAGAGCGCGUUGCUGGCUGGGCCACGCGUGCUUGAGAAGGUUCAAUGGCGUGGCAGGGACUAGCGGCCGAGUUCCUGCAGGUGCCGGCGGUGACGCGGGCUUACACCGCAGCCUGUGUCCUCACCACUGCGGCGGUGCAGCUGGAGCUCCUCAGCCCGUUUCAACUCUACUUCAACCCGCACCUUGUGUUCCGGAAGUUCCAGGUCUGGAGACUCGUCACCAACUUCCUCUUUUUCGGGCCCCUGGGAUUCAGCUUCUUCUUCAACAUACUCUUCGUGUUCCGCUAUUGCCGCAUGCUGGAAGAGGGCUCCUUCCGCGGCCGCACGGCCGACUUCGUCUUCAUGUUUCUCUUCGGGGGCGUCCUUAUGACCCUGCUGGGAUUCCUGGGCAGUCUGUUCUUCCUGGGCCAGGCCCUCAUGGCCAUGUUGGUGUACGUGUGGAGCCGCCGCAGCCCUCGGGUGAGGGUCAACUUCUUCGGCCUGUUCACUUUCCAGGCACCGUUCCUGCCUUGGGCACUCAUGGGCUUCUCGCUGCUGCUGGGCAACUCCAUCCUCGUGGACCUGCUGGGUGAGCCUCCUGGUACAUCCAGUCCACCCCAGGCUGGCCACUCCCCUCAGGACAGACUGCUUAUGCCCUGGGGCCCCUCUCCCAUCCGUGCUGGAGCUCUGCUCACAUCUGGACCUCUCAUCUGGCUCCAUCCCCAUCUUCCUGCCCUCCCCGCUGCUGUGCUCUUACAGCCCCUCAAGCCACCCGGCCCACAUAAUUUGCAUCUUCAGGGCUGAUCUGCUGAUGCUUGCGUGGUCCUGAUGGGGGUGGGGAAUGGGCGGGUCAGGGUUCCUGCCCCAUGGCUCCCACUCCUCCACUAUUCUCAGGCCCUCCCCUCCCUGUGUCCUGUCUGCUUCUGGGCCCUUUAAGCUUGUCCUUCAGGGCCCACCCUGGGCUGACACUCUGCAAGAUUUUGGGGAACUCAUGCUCUGGGGCCUGCAGGGCCACCAGGCUGUGGAUGGGGGCCGGGGCAGGUUCUGCUGGUCUAGGACUCUGGGCUGUGGAAGGUGACCCUGCAGUCCGUGGCUGUC